AUGACGGGUGACACAGAAAAGGCAUCUACCGAUGCCAACCGGAGCCAAGAUGAGGACGUGGGAGACAUGCCCAAAGACCCCGACGCUCACCUCUCGCCAGAAGAGCGGGCACAGGUGCUCUGCUUCCUCUACCUAUUAGCCUUCCUGGACCGGACCAACAUCGGCAAUGCCAAAAUCGCCGGUCUCUCCGACGACCUGGGCCUCACCGUCCCCUCCUACAAUGCAACUCUUACCAUCUUCUUCGUGUCGUACGCCCUUUUCGAGCCGCUCACCAAUAUCCUCCUCAAAAAGCUCCGCCCCUCCAUCUUCAUUCCCAUCAUCAUGAUUCUCUGGGGCGCGAGCAUGCUCGGCAUGGGCUUCGUGCGCAACUGGUCCGGGCUGAUGGCGGCACGCUGGUUCCUGGGACUCACCGAGGCCGGGCUGUUCCCGGGAGUCAACUACUACCUGUCGUGCUGGUAUAAGCGGUCCGAGUUUGGGGUGCGCGCGGCCAUCUUCUUCUCGGCGGCGGCCAUCUCGGGCUCCUUCGGCGGGCUGCUGGCCGCGGCCAUCGAGCAGAUGGACGGGCUGGGCGGGAUUGACGGGUGGGCGUGGAUUUUCAUCAUCGAGGGGUUGUUGACCGUUGUGGUGGGCGUGGCGUCGUUCUGGAUGGUGCACGACUUCCCGGACGAGGCGCGCUUCCUGUCGGAUGAUGACCGCGCGCGCGUAGUGCUGCGGCUGCGCAUGGAUCAGCAGGCGUCGGCGAACCAUGAGACGUUUCAGAUGAGUUAUCUGUGGCAGGCGCUGCGGGAUUGGAAGAUGUGGCUGGGCAUGGUCAUCUACAUGGGCUGCGACAUGCCGCUGUACGCCUUCUCGCUGUUCCUACCCACCAUCAUCUCCAACCUGGGCUGGAACACCAGCGUGGUGCGCUCCCAGCUGAUGUCGGUGCCGCCCUACGUCACGGCGGCUAUACUGACGGUGGCGAUCGGCUUCAUCGCGGACCGGACGCGCGCGCGGGGUCUGUGCAACAUCCUGGUGUCGGUCAUGGCCGUGGCCGGGUUCGCCAUGCUGCUGGGGACGGACGACCCGGCGGUGCAGUACGCGGGCACCUUCCUGGCGGCGCUGGGCAUCUACCCGUGCAUCUCCAACACCAUCAGCUGGGUGGCCAACAACGUUGAGGGCGUGUACAAGCGCGGCGUGGUGCUGGGGUUCGUCAUCGGCUGGGGCAACCUCAACGGCAUCGUCAGCAGCAACGUCUACUUCAACGGCCCGCGCUACCCGGAGGGCCACGCCGUCAUGAUCGCGUACCUGGCCCUCUUCUUGUUUGGCGGGUCGGUUCUGAUGUCGGUACUGCUGCGCCGCGAGAAUGCGAAGCGCCGGAGGGGUGAGCGCGAUCAUUGGGUGCAGGGCUUGACGGAGAAGGAGGUUGAGAAGUUGGGGGACCAGAGGCCGGAUUUUAUAUAUACGGUCUGA